GACUAACAACUGAGGACUUCCAACCAAAAUAUCAUUACCGCUCACCUUAUCUGCCUGCGAUAUAAAAAAAAAACUACUCAUCUGUAAUAGCUCUAUGUUUGCAGAAAGUUGCUGGAUCGGAAACUGGGAAACUAAGUUUGGAUAAACAGAAAUAGGAAUUCUGCAUGUUUCAUUCAUCUUACUGCCUGCAUGAAACCACUCCUUUCAAUUCCUCACUUCAAGUUGACGAUCGGAUGAUAUUUGCCAAUAUCGAACAGAAGAAAGGUGUCUGACGUCUCUGUUAGUGGAAGCAACGCCAGUGGAGAUCGCAAGUUCACAUCCACCUCACUCGUCUAAAUACCACACAAUAUGUGGCUCUAAUAGACUUCGGCAUGGUUUUGGCUUAAUAAAGAAUCCUCCCCUACAACCACAAGGCACAAUGCAUGGAAGAUAUCAUGUCAUCGACCGGAGCCAUUGACGCGAUGUCGGAGGAAAUCAUCAAGCCGGCCCAGCAGUAUGAGAGCGCAAAAUCACCGGCCCCCACGGUGGUGUCUGUCACCGGCAUUCCAGACAGGGCAAAGGUCACAGAGAGAGGAAGUGACAUCGUGACAGGACCCAGCGAGACUUCCUCUACCACUUCGGAGAUGACUGGUACUUCUGGGGAGAUUGGAGGCACUGGUGUCAUUGGUGGGAUAGCCAAUGAUAAACAUGGUAGGAAAAACCCUCUAUCGCCUUCACAGCAGCGCAAGAAUGCAGGCGGGAACACCACUGGUAGUGGGUCAGAGACAAAAACAAGGGUGGGACCACCACCAAAGCUUCCUCCAAAACCUCCUGGAUUGCUAGAGAAGGUCAAGGAAUUUGGAAAAGGACCUCCUGUGAAACAGAAACCAGCCGUGCUUCCAAAAGGAAAGGGUACCAAGGAUCAGUCCACGAGUAGUUCACAAGAACCUUUGAGUCAGGAUAGACUAGGAAUGACAACACUGAAUAGUACAAACUCUUCCAACAGUGUGAAGGACACUGGAGUUUCCAGUGAUGCACCAUAUGUUGGUAAACCUAGUGGCAGGAACUCUCCAAAACCAAGCCCAGGAAUGAAGCCGCCUCCACCUCCUCCUGCACUUCGUAGCCCUGUCGCAGUGACACGCUCGCUGGCAGGGCAAGUGAAUCAAGCAAAACAACUCCAUGAUGGUAUUCAACGCACCUGCAGCUCACCACCCGCAUCUUCAAACAAAACCGCAAAUGUGACUUCCUCUAUAGACUCUGAAACCAAACACAGUACUGAACAUCCACAACAACCCCCCAAGGUCAUGUCUAGGGUGCAUAACAUUCAGGACCACCUAACACACCCUCCCACAGAAGCCCCAGUGAUAACCAAGAAACUCUCUGUCCUAGAUCAUCACAUCAAAGUGCGGGAAAGAGCAGCUGUAUUCGAGAAAAUUGUUCAGGGCAUAUCGGAGGAGACAAGUAUUGUCUCUCUGGAUAUAGAUGCUGCAGGGGGUAGGAAACGUUCUGCAAGAAAGCCGGAUGGGCCGAGUUCUCCAACUCUAAGUGCUGCCAGCGGGUCUGGAAGCUUUGUGGAGAAAGAAGGAGUGGACUCAACUCAUAAAAGUUUAUUGGUCAAGACAGAAUCAUUACCAGUGACUGGGCCUUCUCUUCCCAUUCCUCGCCCAAGAAGUAAUAGAACAUUAAUCACAGACUCUAACAAUGGAAGUAUUCAUAGUAAAGCUAACCGUCCAGUCCCCCAACCAAGAAUAAGCCUUGUUCUUACAGACAAUACUGAUCCCAAUGUAGCUGCAGAAGCAUCAAACACUGACUCAGCAAAUCCUGAUGAAAUUUAUGAUGAAGUAUGUGAAUUUGCUCGUAGUGAUGAUAUCAUUGCGUCGUUGGCAAACAGGGAAAGCGAAGUUAGCAUGUGUACGGUGAGAUCGUCCGGUCAGAAUGAAGCAACGGAAAACAUUUAUGAGGAUACUCUCCUGCCCGAUACCUACAUGGAGAGCAUCCCUCGUCUCCCCCCUGAACCCCCUUCCCCCAGUCCUACCCCUCUCCAGAACACCUAUCAGCGCCAAUUUUCCCCCCUUCUCCCUAAGAGAGGGCCCCCCAUGAGAAGCGCAGCAGCAAAGGAAAUGGUCGUGACUGAUGAGUCGGCAUCGCGUGAACGCGGAAGCAUCUACGAAGUCUGCCUUUCCGAGGAUGACCAGAGUGACGAUAGAACAGCAUUGGUAGCAGACACAACAACGACAGAGGACCAAGUAACGCACCAGGAAAUGCCCGCUCAAACACCAGGGGAUCAAAUUAUACCUUCCAAAGAUGAAGAGGCUGAAGCCAGUCUGGGAACCCAGAAGAUAUCUCGACAGAGGAGAAUUAAGAAAAGUGCCUCACUCAGCUUCAAAAUGAGAAAAUUAUCAAUCCGUAAAUAUGUGGCUUCACUGCAGCAGAGGGUUGCCGUCAAGAUGCGCUCGGCGGAGGGUUCUGGCUUGAUGCAGAGGAGGAAUGGAGACUUGAAGAGACAGGGACGCUCCUUGCAAGACAUCAACCAAGUGAGAGAUGCAGAGAAAGAUCAGAAGGCAGAAGAGAAUGGAGUAAAUGAUGUCGUGCAACCAGUUGCACGUGAAGAACUAUACAUGUCUCUGUGCGAUGACCAAGGAUCAGACGGCAACGAAUAUGAAGAGGUGCCUACCAUGGUGUCAUCAGAGGAGGAACCUGAGAAAGAAGAAACAGCUGUGGUCAUGGAGAUGUCUUCUACCGUAGAACAACUGAAGGUUGACAAGGAGGAAGUCACUGAAACACAGGAGGAAACAAAGGCUGACUAUCUUUACAUGGAAUUGGAAGAAGAGAGGAAAGACUCUAUCGAUGACAUCCCCGAUGGCAACAUCCGAGACCGCGCCAAGACGAGUCCAGAGAGUGUCCGAGCUGCCGGAAGACAAAAAAUGAAGAAGAAGCGAUACAGUGAGGGUGCCUUUGAGGACUUUGUACCAUUGUUCUUCAAGAAGGAUGAUCCCGAAGAUGGGGAGAGUACAAAGGACCAAGUUCCGAGAAGUAAGUCUCAGGGUUCCAUCUCGGACGCUACCAGACCUCUAUCUGUUUCGACAGCAGUGAUGGAAGACAUCCGCUUGAUCCGCGCAGAACUCGACCGAAGGAAUGCUCGAAGGCUGGAUGACGAGAAAGAGGAAGAGGAGAAGGCGGCGCAGUUGGAGUCCCUUGAUCAGGCUGAUGGUGAAGAUACUGAUUCGUAUCAGUAUGUGACUGAGGUAAACUUUGGCAACGAGAACAUGUCCUCGGACGAGAGUUCCGACUAUGAGCAAGUCACUGAUGAUAUGAAGCAUGGCCAAACCUCUGGUGCAUCCUAUGACCUUGAGGAACAUCGUAGAACUUUGUCACGAGAGGAAUCAAAUGUGAGUGGUGGUAGCGCCACCAGUGAUUACCUGAUGCUCUUUGAAGAUUGGAAGGCUGUAGAAGAGAACGGGCUGAUUGCAAGACGCAACAAGGGUUCUAAUGAGAAGAAAGAGAGGAGAAGAGUCUUUGCAACGGAUUCAUCAUCUUCUGAUGCCAACAUGACCCAGAGCACAACUCAAGGAUCUUUGGAUAUACAAGAUCUUUCUGAUUCACAGAUGAACGAUGAAAAUGCAGUCUAUAGAUCAUUCGAUGCCCCCGGUAGCCCAGAGACUCACCCAAAUGGGCACAAGAUGCUGAAACAAGGAGGAAUAUCAUUACCCGGGUUAGAGGUGACCCCGCCCAAGAUAACACAUCCAGAAGAAGCCCCGCCCCCACCGCCUCUCAUGAAGAAAACAUUGGAAAAGGCAAGUCUGCCGGUUUCACCAAGUGGAUUUUCAAGAAAACCUUCCAGAUUCGUCGGUAAAGAACCUUUGUUCCAGAUUUACCAGGCUGAUCUACGAGUCAGGGAUUCCAAGGUGAUCCUGAGGCCGCGAGCCGCCCGUCGGAGCAAGAAGCCUCCGUUACCAGCCAGGCCGUACCUCGCAAACAGGAAUCAGCCGCCACCACUACCCCCUCACCACCCCCAGGGCAAUAAGCCAAGUCUUCCAGCCGCACCACCCCCACCCCUUCCAGCCAGGAACAAUUCAAACAUGUCCACUGUAUCAAACAUAUCAAACAUCACCAACAAAUCUCUCGCGUCAACAAACUCAUCAAAUAUCUCGCAAAAUGCUUUCAGCACAGAGAUCCGCUCUUCCCUACAGAAAGAGCUCUUCACGAAACUCAACACGUCUUCGGAGACACCAAAGAUCGAGAACUUCACACCAAUCAACAACAAUAUCCGCUCAGGCGACAGUCAUAAGAUUAUGGAUAACAGUCGUGCCUUUAGCGGGAACAGUGUGUCUGAAAACGCUAACGUCGACGUGGACGAAAUGGAGGAUCCCACGUACAUGUCGGGCAACGACGAGGGGUCGUCGUCGAUGUAUUCUUGCGAGGAUGAAAGUUUGAGUGAGAUGGAUAGGAAUAGAACACAUGGGAGUAGUAUGGAGACAAGAUCCUCACAGCAGUCAGGCGAGGGCGCCAGUGACGAGGAUCCUAUUUAUCAAGGAGGAUUAGGGGAUCCGAUAUACCAACCAGGAAUGGAAGAUGGAAUAUAUCAGUCUGGUAUGGAGGAUCCGACCUAUGGCGGAGGAGAAGGUGAGGACGAUGGUUAUGAUGAAUUCGAUGAUGACUUUGAUGACGACGACUACUACACCCCACCGUCACGUGAUGGUCCGGUCCGAGAGGGCAGCGUUGUAUUAAGGUCAUACUGGUGUGAGCUACCUGAGGUCGUCAGUAGCGGACUCUUACAGAAUCUUACACCGGAGGAGAAAAAAAUGCAAGAAGCAUUGUUUGAAAUCAUCACCUCAGAGGCCUCCUACCUGAAGAGUUUGAAUCUGGUAGUCAAUCACUUCUUUGAAGCACCUGGCCUACUGCCACCAAACGGUGUACUCAAGAGACCAGAGCACCACUCUCUCUUCUCAAACAUCAAGACUGUGAGAGAUAUCAGUGAAAGACUUCUCCUUGACCUGGAGCAGCACCAGCAAGAGAGCAUACUCCUUAGUGAUGUAUGUCGGAUCCUUCUCAGUCAUCUCAAAGAUCAACGCUUUGAACAGGGCUUUGUCACUUACUGUGCAAAUAACCAGUACCAAGUCAGGAUGUUAGAUCAGUUCAGGAAUAAUGUAGCUGUAAUGAAUGAGAUUCGAGAGUUAGAAGCCAGUCCUGAAUGUUGCUGUUUAGAUCUUCUCUCAUUUCUCAUGCUACCAUUCCAGAGGAUAACAAGAUUACCAUUGCUGCUGGAGGCCGUAAUAUCAAGAGCACCUGAAGGAAGUGAUAUGAUGUCUCAUGCUGUAGAUGCAUUCACUGCUGUCAGAAAGAUGGCAGAGAAGUGCAAUGAAGAAGCCAAACGCAUGGAGAUGAUUGAGGAAGUCACCAUUCUAGCCAGGAUGUUGGAUUUCAAAAAGGAUGUCAAGAAAAUGGACAUUUCUCAGAGCUCAACGAUCGUCAAACGAGGUAUGCUGGACAGCAUCAUCUAUCAGGCCAACAUUCUUGGAGGAAAGAAGAAACCGACAACUAAAAGAAUUUACUGCAUUGUAUUCACUGAUAAAGUACUACUCGCCAAAGAAAAGGUCAAAGGAGAGCAGAAGAGGUUUGAUGUAAUUGACUGGUGCCCUAGGAACCUGGUCCAAGUGACGGUGGUGGACCAACCCAACAUGUGUUCGAAGUUGAUAGACGGAGUUCCCCCAGACUGUCAUUGUAUCUUCACACUCAACCUACUGCAGAACAACCAGAGGAAGACCAAUGAAUUCAUCCUCAAUGCAAAAUCAUUGAGUGAGCGUCAGAGAUGGAUGGAUGCUUUUUGCCCACCGACAGAGACAGAAGAUGGAGAAAGGAUCUAUGAGUCAUGGGAUUGUCCUCAAGUUAUUUGCAUGACCAAUUAUGAAGCCACUGAUCGAGAUGAACUGACAUUAGAACAGUCAGACAGAGUGGAUGUCUACAAGAAGAUUGAUGGUUGGUACGAAGGACAACUGGUCGGUAGACGAGAGCGGGGUUGGUUCCCGGCGUCGUGCGUACAGGAGGUGGUCAACGACCACGUGAGGGCGCGUAUCCUCAAGAAACGACACAAGAUCCUCUCCAUGUGUGAAGAGCAGAUAAGACUAGCAAUGGCCGGCCCAAAAGUCAAAUGAGAAAUGUCACUCGAUGUGGGUAAUGUUAGAAAAUAGGGCAGGAGAGGGCGGUCUUGCAUGAUUUCCUGGAACCUGUAACUUCCUAACUAAGAGUUUGACCCAUGGAUCAAAUAAAUUGAAAGGAAAAGCAAUGCAGCAAGGCAAUACUAGUCAAAACUGACUAGUUUGCCUGUUUAAAACAACAACAACUUAAGACUGAUCGCACUUCUUACCUUGUUGGUUUAUAAGUCACUUUAAUUGAUAAUGAGUGAAAAUAAUUCAUUUGAUUCAGUUUUAAGUGAAUGACAGGUAACUCUGCCUAAGUCAAGUGUAUUGGGACAGUGUAUCACGAAGAAGAGGUAUUGAACACAUGUUUAGCAUAAUCUGGUCUGAAAAUUCGCUUGGCGAAUAUUUGACUUACGGAAGGAUUUCUCGUGAAAGUUUGCCUGUAGAUUUAUAAUUAUUGGAAGAAGUAUGGAAGUGGGGCAUGCACUGAAUAUAUGCGUAUAAAGUGCAUGAAUAAACUCGGUUAAAUGCUGGAUAUAACUUGAGAUGUGUAUCAUGUUGGUAUUACCAUCCAGGGGACUUAUGGCUUUCAGUCCUAGCUGAGAGGAACUACAUAAAUUACUACAUGUAGGUGAAGGAUGAUUUAUUGUUAAUAUUGUUCAUCGAUAUUUGUAUCACCAACAUUCUUGGCUGAUAGGUAUUAUACAUCUGUGAUAUAUUUCAAAGGGCUGGCUCCCUUUAAAAAAAUGUGCUUGAUGAAAAAUAAAAAAAAAUACACCUUUCUUUCAUUCCUUUGAUAUCUCGACCA